CGAAUCUCGGAAACGAAAAGCGCGUAUAAAUUGAGUCAGGAGUACCUUUUUUGCUUUUUUUUUUUGGUUUUUUGGUCUUACUAGCUAGUCUUCCGAGGUAAGCAAAGUGAAAAAAUGGGAAUAUGGGACUACAUUAAUUCCGGCAAAGAAACGGUGAAACAGUACACACCUGAUCUAGUAACUCCGGUGACGAAAGUAUGCAAAGCUUCUUAUUAUUACAGCACAACCGCCGUUAAAAAGAUGGAUAAUGUCGUCGUUAGAGUUAACGGCCUGCAGAAGCUGGGUCAGUACAUGUCUGAUGAUGAAGGCAGGGCUAACAUGGUCAAUUUUAGUACAAAGUUCGUUAAAAAUGCUUUUGUUCAUGCCGUUAAAGAAGCAGCCAACUACAUUCCUGGUGGAAGGGCAGUCUCCAAAAUUUACUCUGAAACAGUCCGUGAAAUGGAAAUUGAGUUUAAAAAGAAUCAAGACAUGUCGUGCGACAAGAAAAUAAUUGGCAAUUCAUGUAAGAAUACCAAUGCUACUGGUCCUCCGGGAUUGCUCGAUGGGGCAGAGAUACUGGAAAGCAAAGAGCUUGAGUUGGGUUCUGAAAACAGAGCUCAAGUUGAUUCAUUCGCACAUCAAACACCUGAAGAUGUCCUAAGAGUCUUCAUGAUGAAGGAAUUUAUGGGCGCUCGUUUUCUCGACAAUUAGCUGGUUCCUGAUCAUCGACAACAGAACAAAGUGUAAUUGAUUCUAGUAUGUAUCAGGGCAUCUCAUGUAUGUUUGUCUUACUGGAUUGUUGGUAGUGUAUGCUUGUAAGUAGAUCUUAUUUACCUCUUCGUCUUGUUUCUUUUGAAAUUCACAUGAUGGGAAGCAAACUUUAGUUAUUGUCUAUAUGACAGCAAUCUAAACUCCA